CCGCCUUUUUUUUCCGACCAGCGCUCCCCUUCACGUCGGUAACCUUCACGGUACCGACUCAUCCAAUACGUCGGAUAAUGUUCCGGCGAGGCUGAAGGGGCCUGGUGGACCGGAAGGGCUGAGGGAGCCUCCACAACUCGUAGCCGCUCAGACAGAAGAAAGAUUGCUUGGGAGAGUGUUUGUUCGAGCCAGGCUGGUCGGCAGUUCACAAGUCCGUGUGAAAAAAAUGGCGACGUCUUUCAUCAAACACUUGAAAGUUGACUAGAAACAUGGCUGAGGCGGCGCGAGGUCCCGUGGUUUGCCGGCCAAUGGCAUUUGCCAAUGAAGACCGGGCAGUUCACUCCUGGUCCCGGAUCUCGUCAGCAGGGCACAACGUCCUCCUGGAUGCCCUGAAGAUCCUCAGCCCGAUGUCCCGCGACCUCUCGAGUAGCGAGGAGUUGGUCACCUUCUUGAAGGAGCUGGGCGAGGAGGGCCACAAGCCCACCGUGCUGCGUAGCAAAGAUGUGUACGGCUACCGCUCCUGCACAAAUCUACUGCUAACCGAAGACAUGCUGAAGCCACAGAACCGGAACGUCAGACCCACCACCAAGAGGAGGGGCAGGAAGCCCCCGGUCAAGAAGAGGGAGGUGCACCCGUCAUGGAACGCCUCUGAGAAGAGUCGCCCCACGAUUCAAGGGGUCCGCCCCCCAGAGCUGCUGGUGGACCAUCGUGCCAUCAUCUGCAGCAGGACACCCAGUCGGACUGUAGAGAUGUCGCAGGCGCUGGAAGUGCGGCCGUGCCUCAGACUGACCAACAUUGAGGGCAUCCAUACAUCUGGCUUCCAUACGGCGAGACUUCAGAUCCACACUUCCUGGGACUCAUCCUCUGAGGCACCCUCUGUUGCCUUUUCACAGCAACAGCACCCUCCAACGCUUUCAGGAAUACCUUCGCAGCCUUCUCAGAAUGGUGGUACGGGGCCCACCAAAGCCGUGGCCUUGUUCAGCCAGAAGAGCCUGUCCUGCCCCAUCCGAUUGGACGGCGCCCUCAUCGGAGAUUCUGCACCGGUCUUCUACGCAAACGGAGGGGCGUUCCCAGAGACUCACACAGAGCUCACCAGCAAUGGCUGGAGGAGCAACGGCGUCCACCGAGAUGGUCGGGGCACCAAGGAACUUAACUUACCGACCCGGCAGAGAAACGGCUGGAAGGACAAAAAUAGUCUUAGGUGGAAAAUUGUAAAAGUGGAUGACUCUCGCUCUUUGGCUGAGGCUCGCAGAAAAGCGCAGAAGAUCCUCCAGGUCAACCUGUCUCCAGUGAUUCAGAUCCAACCUCUCAACUAUGUGCUGAGAGACUUCAGAUACCAGAAUAAGUGACGAUAAACUCACAACCAUUGUUUCCUUUAGCAGUUGUUAGUGUUUUACAUCCAUUAGGCAGUUCCUGGCUGAGCCCCAGUGUUCAUUACAGAUGUCUGACCUGGGUUAUUGUGAUCUCUGCUGUGUGUUGGAGGUUGAGAAGUCAAGAGUCCAUCUGUGGAAGUUCUGCUUUCUGACGGGGGCACUUGGGGAUUUAAAGGCAUUUGAAGUCAGGUGUUUCUUUUCUCAGCAGGCUGGGAAAUAACUAUCGGCCGAAUGCUGGUACAUUUUCACGGUUUACUUUAGUUUACACGAUACAAUACUUCAACCAACCAUCCUUCUGCUUUGCGCUGCUCGCCGAUGUUGCGGAUGUAGUUGAGGACGCAGCAUCCACUGUGACUGUUAGGUUGAAGGUGACUUUCCUGCCCUUCGACAAGGCACUUGGUGCUCACAUUUGUUUAAAAAGAGUAUUUAUAACUCAUUUGAAGUAUGCCGCUGUUUGGUUGAAAAGUAUUUUUUAUUUGUAGCGCCUACUAACAGUGCUGUCGGUCUGCAGCGCUCCGUUUUCCACUGGAAAGAAGGAGAAAAUCCAGUGGUGGGACAGGACGAUCCCAAUGGGCCGAUUGAACUGGUGGAUGAGCAGGGCAGGUUUCCAAAGCCUUCAGACGAGCAGACGUGGUGGUUGGUUGGUCCCAGCGAAACAAACGGACUAAACAAAAAGAGGGGGGAGGUGGAGAAAAGUGUUUAGUUUGUCUUCCUUUUUUGUAUUUUUGUUGUGUUUCCACUGGAAAUCUGGAAGGCUCUGGGAGCGAGUACAGCAGGGAAUCAAACCCGUGGCCCACACAGAGAUAGAUUGAUACUUGUUUGUCCUUCACAAAGUGUUCCUUUUGGUUUAGUUUAUCCACACAAAAACAAAAGACUUGGGAGUAUUUUCAAUUGUUGGGUGAUUUGAUGACUUACAGUAACCAAACACACAUCAAUGAACUGCAGAAAACGGCGAGUACGGAAGGGGGACUUGGGUCCUUGUUAAAUAUUUUGACUUCAGAUAUUCAUCUUUCAAUCUCAUUUCUGGAAAAACUGAAUUAUUACAUACAAUAAUUCUGACUUCAGACCUAAGCUUUCUCAUUAUUCAACUCUCUCAGAAUCUUAUAUUUAGUUAACGGUACUCAAGAUUUACUUUAGUCAAAUACAUAUUUGUACUUCACAAGCAACCAACUGCCAUUUGUCUGGCUGAUUUAAAUUAAAUAAUAAUAAAUGUUUGACAUUUGUUAACUUGAGCUGCAGGACUGUUUUCUGACCAGUUGAAUUUGAAACUGCAGCAUCAGAAAGUUCAAUCUCCCCAUCAGUACUCGUCCAAGCUCUGUUGAGUCUAUGGCAGGAAUUGCACUUAGAGUGUGACAGUGCGUCAUUGUCGCCCCGUUUCCUGAACAUAAGUCAUUAAUGUUCUCAUUUCCUGCAUCAUGUUGAAAAAAAUAUGUGAAAUAAUAUCAACAAAUUUGGUUUGACUUGCAUUGAGCCCAAAACACUGGUUUUUGCAACAGGUGCUAACUUUGCGACGUUGGUGCUGAAUGAAAUGACUGGCACAAGAAUGUCGUCACGUUUCUGUUUUUCUAGUUCAGAUUGGAGCAUUUAGGAGCUAUGACUUCAAGGGACUGGUAGCACUGUAGCCCUUUGCAGAUUGGGAUGAGCAUGAGAAACGUGUGCGUUCCAAAGGGUUUCUACUGUGAGGAGCCAUCAGUUUUCAUGUCGUCAUCCAUGAGGAACUCUUGUGAAUUCCCCCUAAAGGUUUUGUUUGGGGUGUUUUGACCACAUUGCACGAGAUAAACGUUUGGUUUGAUCGCACAAAAACGACGCUUUAACCCAAAACCCCUAGUCUCUGAGUCCACGUGCUAGCUUGUGCUGGAGAUAUUACUGAUCUCAAGUCUAUUCAAUGUGAAUGAAAGCUCCUGGGAAAGCCAGUAAGGGGACCUUUUUAAGAGAGAUAUAUAUAUUUUUUUAUUUAAUUUUUUUUCAAGAAAAAGAAAAAAACACCAGAUCUUUCAUUCAAAUGGUAAAACAAAUAAAACGACCAUCAGGUCAGUGAAUGACGACUCCUUUAUUCCAAAAGCAUAAAAAAAAGAUUAAAAAAAUAAUACUGAUUCCCUGUUUAGAUGCUGCUGAAGCCGCUUUGGGCCACUUUGGUAGAAACAACCAACCGAAUUUUAAAAGUGGAAAUCUGUGCUUUCUGGUUCAAAGUCCAUGCAUUCUUCUGGAAUAAGCGAUCUUCUGUUCCCCCGUUGAAACUGAGGCCACAUCGGCGUCAGGUUGGCUUUACAGACUUCUAUGUACAUUCUUUUGGUAAUUCUCUGUUCCUGUGAAUGUUACGUUCUGGAAGAGUCUUGGUUCCCUCCCCCCCUCCUCUGCGAUCUGUCUGUACGCGGUCAUGUUCAUGCCCACUGACGAUUCCCUUUUCUAGGUCUUCUAUCUGUUAGUCUUGUUUGUGCCACACUUGUAUAAUAUUGUAUUUCCUACAUGAUCUUUGAAAACUCUUUUUUGUUCAAUAAAACUGAUCUGAAAAUAA